UGCUGGGCCAGCUCGGGUUCCUCCUCGCUCCUAGCACGGCUCUCGGGUGGGAUGAAGAGCUCAGCAGGCAGGUGAGCUCUUGGCUGUGAGGGUCUCUUUUCCUGCACAGCAUCAUGUCUGCCUGUAGCUUCCCAGGGUCAGACCAGCCUGUCCUUCACUGUCACGUGGGGUUAUCUGAGGUGAAACCAGGCAAGGGGAAGAGGGGAAGCUGUGGGUCUCCUGGAGUGGGGCUGUGAGGUGGGGAACAGCUCCUGAGGCUUGGUCUGGAGGUUCGAGCAAAGCGAAGCAACGUCCAGGCCCUGCCCUCUGGGGGUAGCAAGGUAAUCUUGGUGUGGGUCCUCUGUGCUUGUCUUCUGAGGACUCCCCCAGUCCUGAACUGGGCAUGAGGGACUGGGCCUGGGAUUGUCCCUUGUCUCUGAGCAUCCUUGGUGAGCCCCUGCCCUGGAACUGGCCCAGCAUCCUGAACACUUGCGCCUUCUCUGGUUUCCUCUGAGUCAGUCUCUCCGUCUCACUAUCCUGGCCCCCUCUCCUCUGGGAAAGACGAGAUGGGACUGGAGAGCGUCUACACCCAGCCGUGGAGGGCUGAGGGACCUGUGUCCCCUGCUGCAGCCCCACGGCCUCCAGGAGUGUGGGCUCAGCUCCUCCUACUCCUACUCUGCAUCCUUGUGUGGGACAUAGGAGAGGUCCUGGCUCUGCUGUGCAUGCAGGUGUCUAGCAGGGUUGGUGCAGGGAGCUGGGGUGUCACUCAGGGCUCUGAGAGGGUGCAGGGAGCUGGGGUGUCACUCAGGGCUCUGAGAGUGGCACCAGCACUUCCAGGAGGGCAGAGCCUCUCCAGGGAGUCCCCAGCCCUUGCUGUGGGACGGCUGGGUGCCUGGGCAGUGCAGCGGCCUGCCCAUGCUAAGCGUCUCUCCUCGCAGGUGCGGCACGGCAGGGAUGAGGAGCCGGCAGCGGAUGUUUGCGGCGGUGAUGCGCCUGCUCCUCAAAUGCCUGCGGCUGGGCCGGCGGCGGCGGUUUAAGCUGGUGCGGCAAGUGGAGCAGCUGUGGCACUACGGGCGCCUCUGCCUCCGUUCCUUGCUCUACAACUCCUUCACCAACAGCGACGUGGUGCUCGAUUCCCUCUUUGAGCCUGUCUACUGGCUGGUGGACCACGUCACCCGUUGGUUCGGUGUGGUGUUUGUGGCACUGGUGAUUGGGCUGACAAGCUCCAUAGUGGCCAUUGUGUACAUCUGCCUGCUGCCCCUCAUCCUGCAGACCUACACACCUGCCUGGAUAUGCUGGCACCUCGCCUACGGACACUGGAACCUCCUCAUGAUCGUCUUCCACUACUACAUGGCCAUCACCACCUCUCCUGGACACCCACCACAGGCCAAGGACGAUCUCACCGGCGUCUCCAUCUGCAGGAAAUGCAUUGCUCCCAAGCCAGCUCGCACCCACCACUGCAGUAUCUGCAACAGGUGUGUGCUGAAGAUGGACCACCACUGCCCCUGGCUGAACAACUGCGUGGGGCACUUCAACCAUCGCUACUUCUUCUCCUUCUGCCUGUUCAUGACCAUGGGCUGCAUCUACUGCAGCAUUAGCGGCUGGGACAUGUUCCGGGACGCCUAUGCAGCCAUUGAGAGAAUGAAACUGCUUGAGAAGGAGAGACUGCAGGUGGCUGCCAACCAGACGUACUACCAGACCCCACCACCCACCUUCUCCUUCCGCCAGCGGGCUUUCCACAAGAGCGUAGUCUACCUCUGGGUCCUGUGCAGCUCAGUUGCGUUGGCCCUGGGUGCCCUUACGUUGUGGCACGCUGCCCUCAUCACUCGUGGGGAAACCAGCAUUGAGAGGCACAUCAACAAAAAGGAGAGGCAGAGGCUGCAGAAGAAAGGCAAGGUGUUCAGGAACCCCUACAGUUUCGGCAGCUGGAAUAACUGGAAGGUGUUCUUGGGCGUGGACGUGCCAAGACACUGGCUCACCCGGGUCUUGCUGCCCUCUCCUCACCUGCCCCACGGAACAGGCCUGAGCUGGGACCUCCCGCCCUGCGUGAUGGAGCAGCGUGCACCGCUCCUGGCCAUCUGAGGCAUGGGGCCUGGGUGCUGUAGUUGUCCUUGCCCUGCAGGCAGGGAAGCGCAGGACCACCACUGUCGUCCUGUUUGGCCCAAGCGCCUGGCUUAAGGCAGGUGCUGGCACGUGCUGCCAGCUGGAGCCAGAGCCAUCGGGAACUCUUUGGACUGUAUCAAUGCCUGAACGCCUGCUCUCCUGGCUCUUUGGUGGCUGCAGGCAGCCCU